ACUGAUUCACUGCAUUACAGAUCCUGGUAUGUGCCUACAUUGAGGUCUCAUCAGCUUUAACUGGAAUUUAUCGCUGCGGUCUCCUCUGAGGUUGCUUUACCUUUGGUGUAUUCCUCUAACACCUCUGCUGGCUGCCAGGAAGAGGGGGAGUCUGGCACUCUGCUCCUCUCCUCCAGGCAGCUGGCAUCGGGGUGAUGCUGGUGAGUAAGCAGCUGUGAGCUCCAUGUGUUUGCAUGUGUAUGAGGCUGAACCAGGGUUCUUCUGAAGAAGCUUGAAGAUGAAAUUGCCGAGAAUUUUCGCCUGAAGCAAGGGAUGUUUCCCAUGUUUAAGACAAGCAGCAACCUGUAGUCAGAAGGAAGAAGGGACUGAAUUCACUCCAGAAGUAUUUCUCGGAGAUCUCUGUUUCCAGGAGAAGGCAAGAUGGUGCUGGGAGGCUCUGCUAUCAGCGUGUCCUUUCCCCUGGAGCACGGAUCCGGGGCUCCUCCGUGCUGAGCGCGCCCGUGUCCCAUCUGCUCCCACGCCCUGAAAUCAAACUCGGCAGCUCAGGUGAAGCAGGCACUGUGCAAACAUGUCAGGAGUGCCUCCACCCCUUUUCCUUCUCCCGCUCUCUCCCGCCGUCCUUCUCUCCCAAGUUUAUCGGCGCCUCAGCGGACUGCGGUGGCACAGAGCUCCCACCUCACCCCUGGGUCUGGAGCAAUGAGGAGCCGUGGGGAUGGUUCUGGAAGGCGAGCAAACCCAGGAGCUGGAUUCCUUUGGGAAGGAGUUCUCUUCGUCUUUACUCCCAUAGCCCAGCAACACCAUCCUCCAAUCGGCUUUGCUGCAUGGCAGUGGGAGAGUUUCCCUGCAGACCCUUCUUUCUCCUCUCAUUCGGAAUUGUCCUCUCCCGGCACUGUUGGACUGCCAGACGUUAAUGCCUUGAUGUGUUUGGGGACAGAGUACUGAAGAAAAGGCAAACAACAGAAGAGAAGUUUAUGGCUGGCUUCGGUCCUCAUUUGCGAGCAAGGAAAUGGAGCAGGGGAGAAAGAGACAGCACCAUAGGCUUCCUGACCCCGUUCAGUGGUGCAAAAACUGUCGAGCAGUUGUGUUCCUUUUCCUCGUUUGUCUGAAAUAAACCAGGCAAUAUAACGGAGAUGUCUCUCUCUCUAAGCUUAUUUCUAAUGUGAUAUUAAUCCGUGUGUGUGUGUGUGUGUUUGUGCAGGAUUUGGAGCAUCCCAUCAGUUCACACCAACACACAGCUUGGCUGCUGGGAGCUGUGGGGGUGAGAGGAGUGGAAGAGGAAAGGACUUGAAAUAGGGGAGGUGAUAGCACAGCAGGCAAACAUCCAUUCUUCCUUUAGGGAAGCAAAGUAUCUAACCCAGCAUUUUUAAAACGAGUAUAGCAGAUGAAUGUGGCCGGGGCUGUUGGGAUGAGGCUCUCUGCUCUUAGAUCCCAUUUCAGAUUUCAGACUAUUUACCUCCUCUCUCCCCUUUUUGCCCGCCCUUUGUUGUCCUUUUUCCUCUUUUGCUGUAUGAAAUCACUUGUAGAUUUUGAAGCUCCUCGGGGAAGGAACCUGUCAUUUUUCUUUGCCUGCAGAAUGCUGUGAAUAUCUGCAGUUUGUUAUAAAUAACAUCUCAGAAUCCUCAGGGGGGUAAACAUGAGGGCUUUAGAAGGUAUGGAAUGCAGCGACUGCCAUCUGUGCAUGUUCUCAUGGACAUAGGUAUACAUGAACACAAGCACAUAUGCCCACAGCACGCAUUGAUAGUGGCCUAUUUAGCUUCUACUGCACUUGAAAUGUGUUAAAUUAGUGACCUGCGUAGCAAAAUGUGGAAAUAUGGGUUUUUUUUCCCCCUUUUAAUUGGUGGAUUCUCCGGGAUCUUCUUCAUUUUUGACCCACAUGUUGCAGUUCCUCAGGUCCUGAGUUCUUCCCUUCCCUUCCCUUCUCCAUCCUCCCUUGGCUGGCCAGCAUCGUCAGCUGGGGCAGUGCUCAGCAAUCCCAGGGGCUGCCUGCUUUAGCCCGAGCAUUGCUCGUUAUCUCUUGCCCAGGGAGGGAUGCAGAGAGCUGCGGCCAGAUCUGUGAGACCAGCAGAAUAAGCACCGAGUGAGUUCAGUUGCUGCAGCAAGGAGGGGGAGGGAGAGCUUAUUUUUAACUGGAAGCUACACGAGUGAGGCUGAAGUAGCUCUCUGCUGGCUUUAGCUAUCAGCAAGUGUACGUGUGAGUGAAUGAGCAUGUGCAUAGAUAAGUGCAGCACAUCUAUACCGACGGAGUACAGAACUGAAUGCGCGCAGGGUGGUGGCAAGUCAGAUGAAAGAAGUGUGUGCUCCCCUCUUUGUCUGCUGCUCUGAACUCCUGUGCAGUAACGAGCAAUUCCUGAUAAUGCUUACCUAUCUACUUCUCUUCAUUCUGUGCCCUGCUCCUCCUUGGGUUGCUUCCCUCCCAGCCCUUGCUCUGCUCCUAACUCCGAUUCCCCUUUCUCCCUUCCAUCCCCAAUCUUCCCACCCCUCCCUCUGCAAGGAGCCUGACCCUUCUCUCUCCUUGCCCCUCCUUCCCACCGAUCCCUCCCCCUGCUCUGGAUGCUGUGGGAUUUUUUCUCAUGCUCGCUGGCAGAUGUGACAGCUUUUGGAACUGUAUCAUCUAGGAACAGCUAUAUCUGGAGUUGAACAAUCUAACGUGGUUUCCCAGGCAGCAGGAACGGAGCGCUGAGAGAAUUUCAAUCCCCGACUGCUUUUGUCUUGUGGCAUCAUGUUCCGCAAGAAGAAGAAGAAACGCCCCGAGAUCUCAGCUCCGCAGAACUUUGAGCAUCGCGUCCACACCUCGUUUGACCCAAAAGAGGGCAAAUUCGUGGGCCUGCCACCUCAAUGGCAGAAUAUUCUAGAUACGCUGAGGCGCCCCAAGCCAGUGGUGGACCCUUCAAGGAUCACCCGGAUGCAGCUCCAGCCCAUGAAGACGGUUGUGAGGGGCAGCACCGUGGAAGUGGAAGGCUACAUCUCUGGGAUACUCAACGAUAUCCAGAAGCUUUCUGCCAUCAGUUCCAACACUCUGAGGGGAAGGAGCCCCACCAGCAGGAGGAGAGCUCAGUCCCUUGGGCUCCUGGGGGAAGACAGACCCCCAGACAUGUAUCUUCAGAGCCCUGAGGCAGAGUGGGCAGACAAAUACGGAAACUACCUCAAUUGCAACGGUGGGGCCAAGGUGACCCGAAGGCAGACCAUGUGGCCAGAUUACAAACCCAGGUUGGAUGGACAGUCUCACCCCAAUGGUAUGGUCAUGAAAGCGCAGUCCCUUGGGCCUUCGGAGUUCCAGGAUGCUGACAGCAGCUGCCUCCAGCGUGCUUCUUGUCUGCAGCACGUGCCAGCUCUGCCAGGGGAUGGAGACAAGAUGGGCAAAAGGAGCUCGGAAGAGUGUUGGCCUCAGCCUUGUCUGGUACGACAGGCAAACUCCAGGCCAUCAGGAGAAGGCAGCCCCAGCUCCAAAUCGAGGGAGAACAGCUUGAAGAGGAGGCUGUUACGCAGCGUGUUCCCCUCCUCCAGCAGCUCAAACAAGUCAGGCCCUUCCCUGCAUAUAAAGCCUACUGCUUUCUUCAGGCCCCAGCAGUGGGGCUCACCGCGCAGCCCUGCGGCCAAAGCUCAGUCCCUCCCACCGGAUCAGCCCACCUCCGAUUUCCCCAGGCUCAUUUCGGAUGCUGGUACCCCCCAGAGGUCUCCGACAGCAGAGAAGGCGAUAGCAGUGCCCCAAGGCAGGCCGUCCCCGGCCGGAUCUCCCCGAAACCGGCAGACUCAGACGAGCUCCAGCAACCUCCACCUUCCCCAGGACUCCUCCGGAAAGGGGCAGCUGGCGAGCGAGGACCCCGUGGUCGUGACUCAUGAGCAGUUCAAAGCUGCCCUUAGGAUGGUGGUGGACCAAGGGGAUCCGCGGACGUUACUGGAGAAUUACAUCAAGAUCGGCGAAGGGUCCACGGGCAUCGUCUGCAUUGCUCGGGAGAAGCACUCGGGGAGGCAGGUGGCGGUGAAAAUGAUGGAUCUGAGGAAGCAGCAGCGCCGGGAGCUCCUUUUCAACGAGGUGGUGAUAAUGAGGGACUACCAACAUGUCAACGUAGUGGAGAUGUACAAGAGCUACCUGGUGGGAGAGGAGCUCUGGGUGCUGAUGGAGUUCCUGCAGGGGGGGGCCCUCACUGACAUCGUGUCUCAGAUCAGGCUAAACGAAGAGCAGAUUGCAACAGUGUGUGAAUCAGUGCUGCAGGCUCUUUCCUACCUUCACUCGCAGGGGGUCAUUCACCGAGACAUUAAGAGCGACUCUAUUCUUCUGACUCUGGAUGGAAGGGUCAAGCUUUCAGAUUUUGGUUUCUGUGCUCAGAUCAGUAAAGAUGUACCUAAAAGAAAGUCCCUGGUAGGUACUCCCUACUGGAUGGCUCCAGAAGUUAUUGCAAGGGUACCGUACACUACUGAGGUGGACAUCUGGUCUCUGGGGAUCAUGGUGAUAGAGAUGGUGGAUGGAGAACCCCCCUAUUUCAGUGAUUCUCCAGUCCAGGCAAUGAAGAGGCUCCGGGACAGUCCUCCUCCCAAACUGAAAAACUUCCACAGGACCUCUCCAGUUCUGAGAGACUUCUUGGAAAGGAUGCUGACGCGGGAGCCACUGGAAAGAGCAACGGCACAGGAACUUCUGGAUCAUCCCUUUCUGCUCCAGACAGGGCUCCCGGAGUGCCUGGUCCCCCUCAUCCAGCAAUACAGAAAGCGUACCUCUACCUGCUGACUUCACGGAAGGGGAAAUGCUGGGAAGAGGUAACACGAAACAGACAAUCAGGAGACCAGGCAGUCUUGUCCUGUGAAUGGUGCUCGGAACUCGUCAGUGGUCUUCUCACAGGAUGGGUCCUUGUGUUCUUGGCCUUUGUGACUUCUCUUUUGCUAAAGACAAUCAAUGCAUACUCGACCUUGGUAAGACCGUGUUUUUCUCAAGAGCAAAGCAGGUGCCGGAUGACUUCUGGAUCGCUUCUUCCAAAGAAUGGCAUUUGUAUGUGGAUCUGAGGAUGUGGAUCUGAAUGCUUGCAAGCUCCUGCAAACCUUGGCUGCUGACUGCUGAACUGGAACAGAAUUUCCCAACUAGAAAUGUGACCUUUGCUUUGUCAGACGUACACUGGAGUACUGAGCUCACCUAACGUACUCUGGGGCACAGAUGCCUUUCAACUCUCCAACAAUGCACAAUGACUUCACCAUUUCUUUUCUCCACAGACGAUUCUAAUCAUCAGUUAAAUGUGGACCUAGAACGCUGUACAUAUUUUCCCAGGGAGCAGAUGUGAUAUGUACAUAUUUGUUUUCCAAUGGCUCUCUUGCAUCAACAUGCUUCUCUUUUGCUGAGGAAUACGUAUGGUUUAGUGGUCAGUCUUGAAUCCAUUUCAUUAUCUUAAACUUUUGGAGGGGAGAAGACUGUUGGAGGGGUAAUGCUUUGGGAACGCUCUGGGAGACAGAAUGAAAAAGUUUCAGCUGUCCUGCCUACAUCCCAGGAGAGAUCUUUAUGUGCACAGCAAGACUGUUUGUUCAGCCUCCCUCUCCCUUGCUUGCGACUGCAUAACGUGGGGAGAAGGGAAACCUUCCAUGUAUGUUUUGUAAUUGGUUUGACCUUCCCCUAUCACCCCCUUGGUGAUACGUUCAGAAGGGUUCUGGUUGUCUAAGCAGCUCUCUCAGUUCUUUUUAAAUAGAUUUAGGUAUUUUGUAUGAUGCAGUUUCUGAUCAGUGAGAUAGUCGAGGUAAUUGGACUCUAGGUCAGGAUGUCACGUUGUGCAGUGGUGGUGCAUAUUGUUGUGAGGUCUCAAGAACGUGUCUUAUGUAUGAAAGUGGGGUCCCGUUUUGAAACUCAGAUACACAUUUAUUGAAAAUUAAGUUAUUCUUGGGGCAGUCGUGCUGUCUCAGAUACUCUUCAUUGCAUUUUCUUCAGAAGAUGUUGAUAAUCUCUGUCCUCUGCUGUUUACUCCAACGAUAGAUCCUGCUUCAGAAUUGAAGCCACAGUUGAUUACUUGAAGUAAUUUGGGAUGGAAUUCAUCUGCACUGUUGUCAGUCACCUAAAUGGUGGGCGCCCAGACUGCGAAGCACAUCGGUUGCCUCUGUAGGCCAUGGUGAGAGGAAUCACCACCUCCAGUGGGUGAUUCAGCUCCAGUAUUUAGAUGCCUGCUGAGGGAUGAGGUUGCUGCCUCUCAAUACCACUCUACCUGUGGCCAGCAGAGUGGUCGUGGUGGUCUGCACCAACUGGAUGUCUGAGUUUGGGGCUGAUAAAGCUAACUGAAAUGAAUUUGCUUAGCUCUUCCUGAGCCGCACUGGAAAGUUUUUGAUGUAAAAUGUUUCUGUAUUCCAGAUAUUCUGCUUUUUUUUUUUUUUUUCUUAAUGCCAAAAGAGCAGGGCUUUAAAAAGAUUUAUAAUUCGAAACAAGUGAUCCUGCUCACCUGUAGUUGUGAAUUCUUUGCACUUGUGUUUUAAAUUAAAGUAGACCUUGAUUUAUUCAUA